AAAAACUAAGCCCUUCGUCACCUUCAUUGAUCAAAAUAAGCAUGUCGGCUCAGCGAACUCAACCACCCAAUCCAAACCUAAGUAUCCUCUCCGACCGCCGGCCCAAUAUCGUACGGAACCCCGACGGCACAUACACUCGACUGCUAGAAUUUCCAGCCACCGCCUCUAGACCCGAUCACGACGGCCACUCCGCCGCUCUCUCCAAAGACGUCCCUCUGAACCCGCAAAACAAAACUUGGCUCCGAAUCCAUCUUCCCAGCCAAGCACUCUACAGUUCGCCGCCUCAGAAGCUUCCCCUCAUAGUAUACUUCCACGGAGGCGGCUUCGUCUUCAUGGGCGCCGCUACGCCCAUGAUACACGAUUUCUGCGACAAAUUGGCGUCCCGACUGGCGGCGGUAGUCGUCUCCGUCAACUAUCGCCUAGCUCCCGAGCACCGCCUCCCGGCCGCGUACGACGACGCCAAGGAAGCGCUGCUCUGGACUGCCACCGCGCAGGACCAGUGGCUCUCCCAAUUCGCCGAUGUUUCGAACUGUUUUAUCAUGGGCACCAGCGCCGGGGGAAACAUAGCCUACCACGCGGGACUACGUGGAGCCCUGGAACUGGAAAAUCUUAAGCCGUUAAAAAUCACUGGGUUGAUCUUGCACCAUCCGUUUUUCGGAGGGUCCGAGAGGACCGCGUCUGAGCGCGGGUCUGUUCGAGACCCGAUUUUGACCCUAUCGGGGACUGAUUAUUGCUGGGAGAUGGCUUUGCCAACCGGCGCCGAUCGUGAUCACGAGUACAGCAAUCCAACGGCCGGCGACGUAUCGGGUCAACUGGAGCCGGUACGGGAUGCGGGUUUCCGGGUCCUUAUUACGGGUCGUUAUGAUGACCCGUUGAUUGACCGGCAGAUGCAGUUGGCCGGAGUGAUGAAGGAGAAGGGUUUAACGACGGCGGCCCACUUCGGUGAAGGCUACCACUCCGUUGAGCUACACGACGAGUCUAAAGCGGAGGAGCUGUUUGGUGUUCUGGAAAAUUUUAUUUCUUUUUCUGAGGAUUGAUUGGAUUAGAAGAAAAUAGCCUUAAAAUAAGAUUGUGGGCAUGAACUAGUCUAGUUUGGAUUUUCAGGAGUUUAUCUCUGACUCCCUUGUGUUUCGAGGUGUUUGCACUUAGGCGGACUUCAACUCCCUUUUUCAUCCUACUCUUUAUUAUAUAUAAUAAAUAAUUUACACUCUA